AUGAAUUCCCUUCCGCUGAUCUGCGUCAUCAUUCUCUCACUGAUGAAUUUUUCUCUCUGUGCCUCUGCCAUCAGUUCACGCCAGUUGUGUGGCUCAAGCUACACGCUUUGUGCGCCCAAUGGUGCUUCCUCGAAGGACAUCCCUCCCGUCGGACCAGGCCUUGCUUCGCUUUACCUCAAUCUUCUGGAGACGAUUGAUGCCCUGGGAAACACAGACCAGGCCAGUGACUCCCCUGCUCCACAGGAGCCAGCACGCCGGGCGAGCCAAAUGCCACUUACGCUCUGCUGUGCUGCCACAACACAAUGCCUUCUUGUGACCGGCUAUCACACCCCAUGUUGUUGGGACCGUUUCACCACGAAUUUCUUCUUUGCUGAUGGCGCCUACGGUUCAAUCACGACCGGCAACUACACAACCCCAGAAGGAGAUCAUGCAAAUCUGAUCACCGGUAACUAUGAGCUUGCGAAUGGAAAUAUGGGAAAUAUGUACCAGAGACAAACCACGUCUGAGGCCAACACGAGGACUUUGGCGACGCCGACACCAUGGACAAGUACUGGAAUUGGUCCAGCUAUCCCGGCAAGCUUGGUGGGCAGCUACCUCUCACUUAGCUCAUCAGCACCGACGUUUGCUAUGAACAUCAGUACCUUGGUAGCUAAUGCCACGACUAGUGGUACCCCAAGCAAUACUGGCACAGCCACUGUCGUCCCUUCUCAGUCUCAUGUCACGGUAUCCGUCACCAAUGGGGUUCCACGAGCCGAUUGUCGGCGAGGGAACUGUUACUGGGCGAUGCUGAGUCUCGUCACUUAUCUUUGCCUCUGA